UAUCCUCCAAUCAGAGCGCGGUGUCACUCAGCGCUGUCCAAUGAGGACGGAGAUCCUGCAGGUGGUUGCGAUGUUAUCAGUAGAGCGCCGCUUCCCUCCCCGCAGAGAGCGACUCAAUUUACGGAAAGGAGAGGAGACUCUUUAAUGGUUCCCAUCAAAGACGCCGAAAAAACACCACCGACUCCGGCCAGGACUCCUGCGGCGGACGGCGACCCAAACAAGCACGGAGAGACGCGUUCAGGGUGGAGGAGGGGGGCUAUUCACCAGGGUCCCAACUUCCCGGGAGAGCAGAAGUUUUAACCCCCGGCAUCCAGGAUACUUCUGGGGGGGAAGAGGCGAGCAGCAGCGCGGCGCUUUUAUUUCCUCCGCAGCGAGCUGGGCGCUCCAUGCUUACAAAUGUUAGCGGUCGGGCAGAUGGACGGUAACCGGCAGAGCGCGUUCGUUCUGGGCAGCACCCCGCUGGCGGCGCUGCACAACAUGACCGAGAUGAAGACGUCGCUGUUCCCCUACGCGCUGCAGCAGAGCCCGGCGGGCUUCAAGGCGCCGUCGCUGUCCAACCUCAGCUCGCAGAUCUCCGGGGGGACCCCGCACGGAAUAAGCGACAUCCUGGGGAGGCCCAUCACCACCGCGGGCCAGCUGCUGUCCGGCUUCCCGCGGAUUAACGGCCUGGCCACCACGGCGGCCGGGAUGUACUUCAGCCCCGCCGUGUCCCGGUACCCGAAGCCGCUGGCCGAGCUGCCCGGCCGGGCGCCCAUCUUCUGGCCCGGGGUGAUGCAGGGGGCCCCGUGGAGGGACCCCCGGGUUCCCUGUCCAACUCAGGCCAGCCUCAUGGUGGACAAAGACGGCAAGAAGAAACACUCCAGGCCGACGUUCUCCGGCCAGCAGAUUUUCGCUCUGGAAAAGACCUUUGAGCAAACCAAAUAUCUGGCCGGACCCGAGCGAGCCCGGCUGGCCUACUCCUUAGGGAUGACCGAGAGUCAAGUGAAGGUUUGGUUCCAGAACAGGAGGACCAAGUGGAGGAAGAGGCACGCCGCCGAGAUGGCCUCGGCCAAGAAGAAGCACGACUCGGAGACGGAGAAGAUGAAGGAGAGCUCGGACAACGAGGACGACGACGAGUACAACAAGCCGCUGGACCCCAACUCGGACGACGAGAAAAUCACGAGACUGUUGAAGAAGCAUAAGGCCACCAGCAACCUGGCGCUGGUCAGCCCCUGCAGCAACAGCUCGGACACCUUGUGAUGGAGCGUCCUGACGGGAGGCGCGUUUCUUUCCUCUUUGUUUUUCGCCCCGGCCAGAGAGAGUGCCAGAGGGGGGGGGGAGGGUGUGUGGGGGGGCUUCGUCCAAGCUGGACCGCACCGAGCUCCAGAACUCCUUGUCCGAGCUGAACUUCGAGAAAAGACUGAGGCCGAGAGUUUCUCAGUGCAGGUGGACAAUAAAACCGAGGACGAGUCUCGCCCUUCUUCUUUUUUUUUUGUUGUUGCGACGUAAAAGUGGGACUCUUAACGGCCGGCGGUAAAUUUAAAACACUAUUAAAUCCGGAUCAGUGCGAUUCACUCAUUUAUUCCACAAUAACCGAAAUGUGCAGGGUACCGCUGUGGUGCUCGUUGUCACUAUUAGAGCAGCACCAGUAAGGCUGUUUCCUGACCCAUACCAAUUUACCCCCCCUUAGGAAUAAGAAAACACACAAAAAAAAA